AUGGUUGAUUCAAAAAUGAAAGAAACACUGACAUGUCCAAUAACUUCCUGUUUAAAUUUUGGUAAAGUUAUGAAUAUUAAAACACUUUUUAAUCAUUUCAAUACGUGCCAUGCAAAACAAAUUAAAAAUAAAAUAUGUACUUGUGUUACAGAUAUAAGUAUAUCAAAUACAAAUGAAAAUACAAGUACAAUAUUUAACACUUAUAGUUCUACUGCACAAAAUGAUUAUGAGAAAAAAAUUAAAAACAAUUCAAAUGAUAUAGAUAGUAUUUUGCUUAAUUUUGUAGAUGAAAAUCAUUCUACUGAUAAAUUAUAUAUUGAUGUUUUUGAUAUGAUAUGUAAAAUAGCAGAAAUAACUCAAAGUGAAGAUUUGUCUAGUGCUCUUAAACUUAGUUCUUUCAAACGAACUAUUAGAAAUAAAAAUGAAUACAUUGAUUAUGAUAUAAGAAAUUACAUUACAGUAUAUUAUCGUCUAUUUAAACAUCUGUUUGAUAAUAACUUAACUAAAAAAAACGAUUCUAUUGAAAUUAAGGUAAUACUUUAUUUUGAUGAUAUAUCAACAAAUAACAUUUGUGGGCCUUAUACAAAUAAUGCAAAUUUUUGUCACACUGUGUAUAAAUUACUUUCAAUAAAUGAUGCUAAAUAUUCUGAUAAGGAAGGAUCAAAAUUAGUUCAUUAUAGAACAUUUGGAUUGUGUUUAGCUAAAGAAACUAAGAAAGGAAAUUACGAGUCUUUUGUUCAGUUUUGCGUUGAAAAAUUUAAUAAUAGAGUAGUUUCUAUAAAUGAGGAAAUUAAAAUAAAAUUAAAAAUUUGGUGUAUUGUUGGUGACCAUCCUUUAUUGCAGAAUAUUUUUAAGAAACUACUUAAUUUUCGAUCUAUAGGUACAAAGGUACGAAAUCACUUAAAAAAUCAUAAUAUAUCAAAUAUUUCUUUAAAAAAUAAUUUUUUUUCUGAUCCAUUUCAUGAUUUGUAUGAAGAUUACUACAGAAAGAAGAUUAAUAAAAAAACAAAAUUUUUGCUUAAUGGUGAGCAAAUAUAUUUGCUAUUUCAAGUUUUUCAUCGAUAUAUGAAAGAAAUUGGAGUUUUUGAAAAUGCUGCAAUAAAAAAUUCUAUUAUUCAAGCAAUGUUUGGGUUGGUUAAUUCAUUAUUAAAUAUAUGCUACUUGCUUGAAGAUAUUAAAAAAACUUCAUGCGAUAUUGCAAUGUAUAUUGAUUAUAGUAUUAACGACUUUAUAAAGUUUUUAAAUAUUGUAUUUCCAAAUUAUGUUCUUUCAUAUAAAUACCAUAUGCUAAUGCAUUAUAAAGACUGGAUACAACAUUUUGGUCAUCUUAUGCAUUUUUCAACAAUGUGA